CUUGAAUAACACUGAUUCUUGAUCACUUUCUCAUACAAAAUGGCGUCUACCCGUUCGAAAUAUCAAACCACUACCUCCGAUGUCGAGGGCUAUACUCGCUCAAAGCAUACUUAUAUCCCCAUGCGGGAUGGGGUUGAAUUGUGUGCCAACCUCUUCCUACCGUUUGCCGCCUCUAAGGAGGGUAAACAGGCCCCCGUGAUCUGUAGCAUGGGACCGUAUGGCAAGGACAUUCAUGCGUCCACGUUUGGACUUCCCAAGACCCCGAUUUACGCGGAAAUGUACAAGCACAUCAAGCCACUGGGGCCAGAUGCUGCAUUUGAGCUGUGCGAGCCUACAAUCUGGUGUCGGGAAUAUGGCUAUGCUCUGCUCCGCGUUGAUGUGCGGGGCGUUGGAGGUAGUCAAGGGAAACUCGAUCCCUUUGGUCUGGAGCGCUCUGAAAAGAUUCAAGCAGAUGCAGAGGGACAAGAUCUCUAUGAUGUCGUCGAAUGGGCUGCCGACCAACCUUGGUGUACAGGGAAAGUAGCUUUCUCCGGCAUCAGCUACUUCGGCAUGGUUGGCUACUGGGCUUCAAUGCAGAGACCCCCGCAUCUGGCCUGUGUCAUGUCAUACGAGUCCGCAUGCAGUAUGUACCAAGCGGCCCGAAGAGGUGGAAUUUACAGCAACAACUUCCAGUCCCACUGGUAUCACAAUAUCGUGGUUCCCUACCAGGGUGGAAGGCAGGACGGUACGCUCACAGAAGAACAGUUGGCCGCUAACCGUGUGGACUAUCCCAAGCUGCUCACCUUGACAGAAUACCCCACGGACGGUGCGUGGGCGGUCUUGGAGAAGGUCCGCAAGCUGUCGGACAUUGAAGUGCCAUUCUACUCCGCGGGCAAUUGGACUGACCCUGAGCUGCAUUUACCCGGCAACAUCCGCGCUUUCAACGGCAUCUCGUCCCAAUAUAAAUGGUUGGAAAUGCAUACCGGAAACCAUCUGGGCGCGUUCUAUGAGCCAGAUCACAUUGCGCUGCAAAAGAAAUUCUUGGACCACUUCCUCUUCGACAAGAAGGCCAAUGGCAUGCUCGAUGUCCCUCGCAUUCGCUUGCUACAGCACCACGGUACGGAGACUCUCUACCGCGAGAAUGAGGUGUCUUUCCCACCGGCCGACGCCGAGGAUGUCAGUUUCUACCUCACCCCAGAGAAGAAGUUGUCCUUGGCCCUACCAUCCGGGAGCAAGGAGACCUUUGCCUAUGCUGGAUUCAAAGAGUCUCUCAAAUUCUCCUUGGAAUCCCCAUUUUCGGAAUCCUUUGAGCUUUUGGGAUCCCCUUACCUUGAGCUCGAAGUGUCUACACAGGCGAAGGAUCUCGAUCUCUUCGUUUACCUCCGGGCUGUGGACGCCGACGGAAACGUGAUCGUGCUUCGUGGGAACCACGGCGAGCCGAUGGACACCUUCGCCCGAGGAUACUUCCGUCUCUCGCACCGGGAUGAAGUUGCCAAAGACUUCCUGAAGGAGAAGGUACUGGCCCAGAAAUCCAUGGCACGCUCCGAAGUUACGCAAGGGAAGGUUUACUCGGUCCUCGUGCCUCUGUACCCGGCGGCCUUUCUGUUUGACCCGAACCAGAGGCUCGAGCUUGAGAUCGGCUCCGUCAACACCCCUAGCACCAUUCCCCCGAUGCGUCAUGAAGGUGGGGACAGGCUUCCGGACCGGUUUGAGUGCGAGAAUGUCAUCUUUUCUCAUGGGAAACUGGUUCUACCCCGUGUGCGGCAGUGA